GUCAGAGACACUUACACCACAGCGUUUGUGAAGAACCUGAUCGUCGUUCUCGUCUGGCUCGUCCUCAGUUACAUCAACGGCACCUUAGUCACCACGUUCUUUAAACACCAGACGUUUUAUGAAGACCCUCGCUACAUCCUCUUCAUCCACAUGGUGAUCAACGACGGCGUCCAGCUGACCGUCACCAUCACGCUCUUCGUGCUCAGCUACGUCCUCUACAAGAUCAACGUCUCAUUCUGCUGCUUCUUCAUCCUCGUGGCCGUCUUCACCACCAGGAACACGCCGGUCAGCUUAGCCAGCAUGGCCAUCGAGCGCUACAUCGCCGUCUGCAAGCCUCUGCGUCACCCUCAGAUCUGCACCGUGCGGAAGACGUACGCCGUCAUCGGGCUCAUCUGGUUCAUCUCGGUGACCCCGGACAUCAUGGAUCUGUUUGUGACGCUCGCCACCGAGUCGAUGAGCUUCUUCCACCAGUCUGUGUUCUGUCUACGUCAGAAUGUCUUCAAAGAUCCCGUCCUGGCCUACAAGCGGCAGGUGUUCGACAUCCUCUACUUCUCCUGCGUCUUCCUCACCCUCGUCUUCACCUACCUGAAGAUCCUGUUGGCAGCGCGGGCGCUCUCCACGGAGAAGACGUCGGCGCAGAGAGCCAGGAACACCAUCCUGCUGCACGGCGCCCAGCUGGCCAUGUGCAUGCUGUCCUACAUCUCGCCCAGCGUGGAGAUCGUCCUGCACCUCAUCUUCCCCGGCAGGAUCUCAGAGAUCAGGUACGCUAACUACCUGAUCGUCUACAUCCUGCCUCGUUUCCUGAGCCCCAUCAUCUACGGUGUCAGAGACAAACAGUUCAGGAAGUACCUGAAGAUGUACCUGCUGAGCAACAGGUGCCGGGUGCGGCCGAAGGCGGUGGCCCCCCAGGACAGAGACAGGAUGUAG